UCCAGAAAUGAAAUGUGGAAUCGACGGUUUUAUUUUGAAGUAGCCGGUUUGAAAGCCGUGUUUUAUUGACUGAACUGACAAGGAACCGAAUACUUUGACCGUGUCCUAACAUGUACAGAUUGAGCAGAAGAUUUCGCAGGCGAUUCGGCAAAGACAAAGAAGAAAAGAAGGACAAACAGGCGUUGGACUAUGUCAUCGUUUUGCUUGACGGCAGUGAUCUCUCGUUCAAUUUGCAUAAAAAAGCCAAAGGACAAGAACUCCUUGAUCUUGUUUUCAAGAAUCUUGAUCUGGUUGAAAAAGACUACUUUGGCCUUCAGUUUAUGGACACACAUCAAGUCUCGCACUGGCUAAAUCCAUUGAAGAAAAUCAAGAAACAAGUCAGAAUUGGUCCACCUUUCACGUUACACUUUAGAGUAAGGUUUUAUGCUGCAGAACCACAAGACCUGACAGAGGAACUUACCAGAUACCAUUUCUUUCUACAAAUCAAACAAGACAUAUCCAAAGGAAAGCUGGCAGUUCCACUAAAGAUUGGUGUUGACUUAACUGGUUACAGUUUGCAGUCUCACCUUGGGGACUUUGAUCCAGAACUCCAUGAAAAAACAACAGAAUACAUAACAGAGUUCAAGUUUAUUCCAAAUCAGACCAAAGAACUGGAGAAAGAGAUACACAAGAAACACAAAGCUCUGAUAGGCUUAAACCCAGCUGAGUGCGAGGUUAACUUUCUGAAGAUUGUGAAGAACAUGGAAUUUUAUGGCGUUGACAUGCAUUCUGUUGUGGGGGGAAAUAAAGUGGAGUGUCAGUUAGGUUUAACUCCCCGUGGUGUUUUGCUCAUCAAGGACAAGGAGAGGAGAAAUAUUUUUCCUUGGCAAAAGAUAACCAAAAUAUCGUUUAAGAAAAACAGGUUUCUUUUGGACUACCAAGAGAAUUCAAAACACACAGAGAGCUAUACCUUCACCUGUCUCAGUUCCCAUGAUGCUAAGCACCUCUGGAAGAGCGCCAUAGAACACCAUACAUUCUUCAGACUAGUGAAACCAACAAACAAGCCAACGAGAACUGCGAGUUUCUUGAGGUUUGGUUCUCGCUACAGAUUCAGUGGAAGAACAGAACACCAAGCUCAAAGAGAUGCGAGAAUGAGCGCCAGGAAAUCUUAUAAGAUUCAAAGGGCAACAAGCGAACGAUUUUCAAGAAGGCCAACAGUGGGUUUUAUUCGGGUUGGUUCUCGAGUGUGGGGCAAAGCGUUGAAUGGCGACUUCUACAAAGGAGAAGUGACGGGUCUGGGAGAAAUGCUGCACAUCAAGUUUGAUAAUGGAGACACUAUUGCGCAUGACCGUGCUGACACUGAGUGUGUUGUGUUUGAUCAAGUGCCCGAGAUUAGCGACUUGGAAGUUGGGAGUCGAGUGAUCGCUCAUUGGCCGAGUCUUCCCGCCAAGCUGUCAGGUAAAGUGAUUGGCAUUGAACAUGGCAAGUACUAUGUGGAGUAUGACGAUGGAGAUAAACAUCAGAACACAAUUGACCAGCUCCGGAUCCUUAAACCGCCAUUGUACUUCGGGCCUGGAGCUAAAACGCGUCGAGGAGUUAGAAAAGCAGAAUCCAUGAAAGUGACAAGUCUCACCGGACGAACUGUGAUAACCACGGAGCUUCCUACAAGGUCUAACUCCAAUGGCCAUGUUUAUAAACCUGACAGAGAAUUGAAAGAUGACGAACAAGCCUCGUCCUCACAAGUUACUGUUGAUGGGGCUAUCUCAUUACCGUCAACGUCACAGGUUACGAAGAUCGACGACAAGUCUUCGGAAUCAAUCCGCACUUCAAGUGAGCCAGUCAAAAGCGUUCCGAUGAAAACGGGCAUUUCUGGCGGCCUUCCUGACAAUAGACCUAAGAACAUGAUUCACGCGAGAUCAGCUUCACUCCCUGCAAAUGUUCGAGUCCGACACGCGGACGCUAAUGCAAAAGAUGACGCUGCAGGCUCAUCAUCUUCUUCUGUUUCUCCAAGAGCAGACAAGAAAGCGACGCGUAACAAGUCUUUCGCUGGCAUGACUAAAACUUCCCAAGCCAAGAAACCUCCCCUUGACAUUUUUUCCCUGCCUGAAACGGAUGUUGAUUCCGGUAUCUCGGUAGCUUGUGAAAGACCCACUUCUGGAAGAGCUUCUAAACGCAACCUUCGAAUUAUGGAUCUGAUGAGGAACUCCAAAGAACCUGAAAAGAAAUCAGAACAACCCAAAAAGGACAGAACGCGCGGCCAGUUAAAGAGCGGGAAAAUAUCCGGAAUGUCCGCGAGUCCCACGCCCGCUCGCCCAGACAUCCGGGUCCCACCAAAUGCACCUUAUGCGCCAAAUUUCUUGGAAACAGAUCUUGAUGAUGGUUCAGGGAAACCAGGCAAUUAUCUUGUGGACGACCAGAGAAGCUUUCACGUAUUUAUCCCAAACAAUAGAAACAAGUGGGAACACAGAAAGCGCUUCACGUAUCUUGAUGGGAUCUCAGCUUCGGAUGAAAAAUUGCUUCGAGGAAAAGAUGAUUCGAGACAAAAAAGGAGGCGAAGUUCACUGCCUGAUUUGCGUACAUUUUUCAAUCAAAAGCAAGAAAUUAAUAAUCUCCAGGGAAAUGAAAAUAAGCAGUCUUUCAGGAGACACAGAACGCAUUCUUUGAAUGACCUUGCAAAGAUGUCACCUUCAAACAGCAAGCCUGCUCCACUCCAUAUCGACAACUUGUUCAGUGCAACAGAAAAUCGGGCUGAUUCGCCAUUGUUCUCGCCAAACAUGGAACAGAGUGCCUCUAGCAACAAACUGUUGCUUGUUACUGACUUAUAAGGGCGGGAUUGAUACGUCAUACAGGCUACUGACUUGCCACGCAAGCUUCAGUCAUGUUGCACCUCGCAAGUUAUUGACUUGAACCAAAGACACGAAACGUCACGCAAGUCGCUGAUUCGUGACCAUAAAAACCAUGAUAGUGAUAGCAAGAGAUUAUCAUAUUUUUAGCGCGUAGCCAGUUUCUUUUUUUAUUUGUACAGCGAAAUAAUUAUUAUUAUUGUUAAUUUCACGUUACAUUACGGGCGUUAGAUAUGAAAGUAUUCAUUUGAUUCUCAGUACAAUCGUCGCUUAUUUUAUGCUGCCGUAAUAAUUUUUUUUUUUUAAAUCGUCAACUCUUAUGUGUUUAGAUGGGUUAACAUAACUAGAUUCCAUUAGUUAGCAUCUUUUCCGUGGUUAGUUUCCUGGAGACUCGAUAUCUUUUAUGGUGAGAGAUAUUCUAGCUGAAAUUUUUGUAAAAUUAUCGGUAUUACAAUUUGAAAUGGAAUAAUUUCUCGAGAAUUACAGCGGUCGUAUUGCAAUCAAAGCGGUAACUGAAUUGAAUAGCAUAGCAAAGUUUUGAGGAUAAGGUUGGUUUAAGGUUUGUCCAUUGUAAAUUUAGUUUUAAAUAGUGUUUAUAGUCUUUAUAAGCAAAUGAGCAGCUUCGUUCCCCCACGAGGUGAAUCAUCACGAGGUUAAUAUUCUUGGGAUGGUUUGGUUGGUUGGUAAUAAGGAAGGGGUAAAUUCUCCGUGAUUACUGGAGUCACGUGAUUUCUAAACUUGACGCAUGCGCUAUUUUUCAUUCUCAUGAAACCAAAGGCUAUUAGUGUCCUGGUGCCGGAAGUCUUACUUCUGCUCAAAUUUGACGAAGAAACAGACAAACUAUGGAACCAAGGUGAAAUGCCAGUGGUCCGUUAAGCCUGGUUCACACUAGCGACAUAACGACUUAAGAAGGACGUUCUGCUGUUAUGUUUGCAGUAUGAACAUCCUGUAAUGGUAUAAUAGCAACAUAACAGCAUAAACAUAAUGACAUAAGUAGACUGAUCUUUUCUUGAUGUCUUCAUGUCGAUGUUUACAUUACCGACAUAAGCGAUUGUUUCGUUAUGUCAUUGUGUCGUUGUGUCGCUAGUGUCUUAGACUACAAGUAGUCCCUCUUUCGCUUGGUCUGUCGUGCGUGACGCGAAAGAAAACCGCGAGAA